UUCAGGGAAGAGGGUUGUGUAAUUUUUAGAGAGGGAGAGAGCAGAAAAAGUCCGGAAGGCAUUGGACGAAACAGAUUUCCUGAGUUCGGACUGAGUUAACUGCUAACCCUAACAGAACUACUUCAGGGUAUUUGAGCUGGGUUCCACGGCUUGUGGGAGAGGACUUUUCCAUGGGGUAUCUUUACUUUCUUUUCACGAUGCAAAGGGUUUAAGGACAGCAGAAUGAGUCUCUCAUUCCCCAUCACAGCUCUGCUACUUUUAACUCAAUUCACAUGGGUGUGGACAUCUCUGAACCAGACUGUCCUGUGGCCGAGGGAAACAGAUCGAUCUUAUUUUGGCACUAGUUCAAGGAAUGAAGCAGCCCGAGCCAGCUCCUCUCAUGUGAGAGCGAGAUCCAUCAAGGAUACCAAGCACCUGGAGCUGCUUGUGGUGGUGGGACACGACGUUUACCAGUUUCACAAACAGGACACCGAGCGCUACGUGCUCACCAACCUCAACAUCGCCGCAGAGCUCCUCCGGCAGCCGUCUAUCGGUGCUCAACUCCGAGUCCAUCUCAUCAAGAUGCUGAUACUGACAGAGCCAGAGCCAGAAGUCACAAUCACCACCAACCUCACCUCGUCACUGAUUGGUGUAUGUCAAUGGAGCAGAAAGAUUAACCCCGAGAAGGACUCUGAGCCUCUGCACGCUGAUCUUGUCCUGUUUGUCACCAGGUUUGACCUGGAAUCUGACAAUGGCAACCAGCUGGUUCGGGGGGUGACACAACUGGGGGGCCUGUGCUCCCACACCUGGAGCUGUGUCAUAACUGAGGACACUGGCUUCAACCUCGGCAUCACCAUGGCUCAUGAGAUCGGUCACAGUUUUGGCAUUAGACACGACGGGGAGGGCAACGAAUGCACAGGGAACGGCCACAUCAUGGCGGCAGAGGGCGGCUACAACAGCGUGGACCUGACCUGGUCCGAGUGCAGCAGAGAGCGCUUUGUAACCUUUCUCUGCACAGAGCAAGCUACGUGCUUGAGGGAUCUCCCGGCCACAGAGUUGUAUCUUUCUGGCCGGAAGCCGGGCUUGUACUACGGAGCGGACGAUCAGUGCAAGAUCGCCUUUGGGGACAAGGCUUCCGCCUGCACCUUCAACAGCCAGGACAUCGACAUGUGUAAGGUUCUGUCUUGCCACACCGACCCCCUCGAUCACUCAGUGUGUACCCGGCUGUUUAUUCCUCUGUUGGAUGGGACAGAAUGCGGCCCGAACAAGUGGUGCUUAAAAAGCAGCUGCACCUCCCUGGGUGACCUUGGGCCGAUCGGAGUUGUUCACGGAGCCUGGUCCAGGUGGAGCCCACAGAGUGACUGCUCACGAACAUGUGGGGGAGGGGUGACUCUCAGACACCGGCAGUGUAACAACCCAAGGCCGGCAUUUGGUGGGCGCACCUGCGAGGGAUCACAACUGCAUGCAGACAUGUGCAACACAGAGCCUUGUUGGGAGAUGCAGUUGGACUUCAUGUCUCGCCAGUGCUCAGACACUAAUUCACAGCCUCUUUACCUGACCGAGAAGGUUCCCGUUUACUAUAAAUGGCUCCCAGCACUCGGCUACGCCACUGGUGAUGCACUGUGUAAGUACAUGUGCCGGGUGGAGGGGAAGAGCUUCAUGGUGAGCCGGGGAGACUUCUUUGUGGACGGGACCAGGUGCGAGCUGGGCAGCUCCGACUCAGCCACUUCGCAUGGAGUCUGUGUCGCAGGUCGCUGCCAGGUGUUUGGGUGUGAUGGCAGGCUGGAGUCUGGGAUGGUGCUGGACGUGUGUGGAGUGUGUGGGGGUGAAAACUCCACCUGCAGGGAGCUGUUGGGCUCGUACACAGCAGGAGCUGCCCGAGAGUAUGUGACCUUCCUGACUGUGCCCCCGGGUUCCACUAGUGUCCAUGUCUCCAACAGCAAGUCCGUCUAUUCUCAUCUGGCCCUGAAGGUUAAAGGUCAGUAUUUGGUAGCUGGAAAAGGCAAAAUAUCGUUAAAUGUCACUUACCCAUCUCGUCUGGAGGACAACAGGAUGAUGUACAGAUUGUACCUGACCCGGGAGAACUUCCCCCAUUCGGAAGAGAUCAUUAUCCCGGGCCCCACAAACGAAACUAUUGAAAUACAGGUGUAUCGGAAGUACAGGCCGGAGUAUGGAGAUAUUGUUAAUCCCAAUAUCACUUUCAGUCUCUACAUUCCCAAGAACCAGAGUGUUUACACCUGGAUUCCUGUCACUCAACCUUGUUCAGCAACUUGUGGUACAGGUGUUGGGAGGGUACAGUAUAUUUGUGCUGACGGUCAGACAGAGGAAGAAGUGGAUACACAGCACUGCUCUGAGACACUGCAGCCCCCUGCACGCCUGGAACUUUGCUCCACCACACCCUGCCCUCCAGGGUGGGAAGUCGGGCCGCAGGGUCCCUGCUCAGUGACGUGUGGUGGAGGAUGGAGGGAGCGGGACAUGCACUGUGUGAGAAGGGAGGGACGUAAGGAGCUCAGAGUCGCUGAUCUUGAGUGCGGCAGCAUUCCUAAACCAGAGUCUGUGCAAAAGUGUAACACCCAGGACUGUCCUGCCAGGUGGAGGGUUUCGGCUGCGGGCCCAUGCUCUGCUUCCUGUGGGGUUGGAGUUGCCCAGCAGGCUGCCACCUGUGUCCAGAUCAUCAAUGGAACAGACGUGGAGGUCAACGAGACAUGGUGCGGAGAGACAGAGAGGCCGACCGUGCUGACCCAGUGUAUUGUCAGCAUCUGUCUCUCCGAGCUGGGCACAGAGUCCUGGCCAGGGGUCUCGAAAAAGUUGGGGAAGGAAGUGGAAACCCCGGGGAAUGGGACGAGCAGCCCAAGUGUCAGUGUGGGGAGCCAGACCUUCCUCUGGGUGCCACGAACAGGCCCCUGCUCCGCCUCCUGUGGGGAAGGAGUAGCAGAUCUCAGCUACAUGUGCGUGGAUCGGGAAACCCACGAGGAGACACAGCCGGAACACUGUCUGCAAACCUUCCAGGCCCAGGUCCAUCAGGUCCACUGCACAAACCAACCCUGCCCUCCUCAGUGGAGGUACGAGACAGACACCUGCAGUGUAACCUGCGGAGGGGGCGUGAGGCGGAGAAUCCUGUACUGCGCCAGGGACGUGGGGCUGCGAGAGGAGCUGGCUCCCGACGGUGACUGUCUCCAUUCCCCUCGGCCUGCAGAUCACCAGCCCUGCAGCCUGCACCCCUGCCCGGCCAGGUGGAGGGUGUCGGAGCCGCGGCGAUGCUCUGCCGUGUGCGGGGCGGGGGUCGCGGAGAGGAGCGUGACCUGCCUCCAGUUUCAGAACGGAAGCGACGUGGAGGUGAACAGAGCGCUGUGCGGGGCUGAGACCGAGCCUCCGGCCAUCGUACCCUGUCUGGUCAACAUCUGCCCCUUUGGCUUGCAAGCAUCCAAUUGGUCUGAGUGUUCGCAUUCCUGUGGAAUCGGGAUCCGCACCCGGCAAGAGCUGUGCCUUAACCUGGACUCCCAGCAGCCGGUGCACCGCAGCUUCUGCGACCACCUGCCCACCUUGCUCACCACACAGUCUUGUGACGCUGGACCCUGCCCCACGCCAGGCACCUCCACACCACCGGCUCCCACCACCUCGACCACCCAGGCACUGCCCGCAACAACACAGCCACCCGCUGCUGCACCACCACCAGCCAAUGGCACGCAGCGUCUCACGCAACAGGGUGGCACAGAUACCAGUGUGUGUGGGUCGCUGCUUCUGAGCGAGUCGGGGAUUCUGAACCUGACGGGUGUACAGCAGCGGGAAUGCUGGGUGUCCAUCGGCCGGCCACUUGGGGAGGUGGUAACCGUGCGGAUUCUGUUCAGCUCGUUCACCUGCACUGCACGAGAUUUCCUGACCCUGAUGGGGCGUUUGCUGUGGUGGAAGACCUGCUCACAACUGACGGGCUUCACGCUCACGUCCAUCACCAACACGCUCACAAUCAGACAGCGGAGAGCGAACCCCGGUGAUGGUGUGGUACUUCAGUACUCCAGCAGCUUGGCAUCACGACGCUACCACAGAGAGUGCGAUGUGCAGCUGUACGGACCGAAGGGUGUGAUCAUCAGCCCUGCCCACCCCUACGUCAAGGGCAAAGCCUGCCGCACCUUCAUUAACGUUGCCCCGACCAGCCGCAUCGCCAUCCGCGUGCUGUACCUCAGGCUGCAAGUGGGCAUCAACGGCACCUCGUCCGAUUACAUCCUGAUCAAAGACGUAGGUAGUCAGAAAUACUCCGCCUACCGGGGGAAUCACAUCUUUUUGUGGCAGUCCAUGGGCAGCCGAGCUGAAAUUGAAUUCCACGGGGAGUUUGGCUUCCGAGCCCUAUUUUGGACUGUGAGCCCGAGAACCCCCAGCAGAGCAGCCAACUGAACCACAGCUCUCAACUCACAGCUCUCAACUCUAACCCACCAAAUCCUAACACCUUCCGCUCAGGACCUACUUAGGACCCGUCUGGGCAUCUCCAAGAGAGACCGAACUUCAACAACAAGACUUUACCAUCAGUCGAACACUGGACAAUUGAAAUGAUGACCUCUAUGUGAUCCUCACAGUCACAUAAUGGGUCUCUCUGGGGCAUUAUUUAUCUUGGUUUCAUUGUAACAGCAGAGCAAGGGUGAACGACAUGUGAGUUUGGGGGAGGGAGAGUUUUCAGUCAAUUUGCAAUUUGUUUGGUUUUGAAGAGAUUCCAAGUGGAUUCACGCUAGACCCAGAGACAAAAGGGAAGUUUGUGCAAAGCGCCUGGAUGAGAGGUGCAAACAAUCCCGAGUAGAGAGUAAAAUACUCGGGUAUUGUCAAUGUGUUGAGCUCAAUUACAGUCACUGUUCUGUAUCUUUUUAUAUUCUUCGUGCCUCAUUGUACAUUGCAACAUGUCUGUCCAGCAUUUGAAGAGAAAUUAUUGUGGGGAAUAUAUACUAGGUGGUGAUUUUUAUUAAUUGGACUCCGUCCAGGCAGAGAGGGUUAGCUCAGUCUUUAAGUGUUAGAAGCAUCUGUUUAUUUUAUGGGGCAGGUUUGCCUCUCCCUGGGCACUGGUCCCUCCAAUCCAACCUCCACCCCACACCCACCACUACAACUGCCCUGGUCACAAACGCCAACAACGUUCUCUUCGUCUGUGAUAAGGGCUUGACCUGCCUCCUUAUUUUUCUCAAUCUCUCCGCUGCCUUCAUUACGGUCAACCACUCCAUCCUCCACCAUCUCUCCCCUCAGCUUCACCUCGACACUUCUCUCCAGGUUUCACCCUCACCUAUCUCACCAAGUCCUGCGGCUCAGCGGUCAAGAGCGCUCGCCUCGCGAGCGAGAGAGACCUGGGUUCGAUUCCCCUGGAGGGGUUUCCUUACUCCGCACAUCUCUGUACACUUAGCAGUAAAGUCGGAAACCUGGUUGUGAGUUUAUUAGAGGAUCGAUUUUAAAAAUAAAUAAAUGGGUCACUUCAA